AUGCUUCGCCUCAAGUCCUUAUUCGUCACGGAAACCACCACGCAGAGGCUCCUAGGUGUUAUCACUAAGGAGUGCUUCGAUGCUACCCCUGCUGAUCUCAUACAGUGGAGUGAAGGCAGUGUCCAUGGUGGAGGCUAUAGACGGUUCACGCCGGGCUCCUUCUCGCAAUUCUGGGCAGAAGAUUGGCAUUCAGCGACCUGCGAUGGAGGGGGUAAACCUGCUGCACCGAGCGGAACCGACCACCCACAAUGCUUGGCCGCUCCGGGGGAUAUCGAAAUGCCGCAAAUCGCUGACAGCCUGUCGGACAUCAAACCUCCACCAGAUCUCAACUAUUCUAACGAAGAGACUACCAAUCAUGGUGAUCACACUAGAGGGCCCUCGUCACCAUCAACUCCCCCUGACUAUGAUGAUGAUGAUGAGGAAGUUGUCCCGAUCGACCCUAGCCCUUCAACUACCGCUAGUGGCAUCGGUCUAUCUCCUACAACUACCCAGGUCCGAUCGGGCCGGCAGCUACUACGCCUGGCUCGCUCGCUCUCCCGGGAGUCGGAUUCCUCACCGUUACGAUGGCUAGAGGUCAGCGACGCUACUCUGGACCUCGUCACUCACCGGACGGGAAUCCGACUGGUGGAGGCCCUUGAGGUUGGGCGUUUGAUGGUCCAGUCCAACGUGGCAGACAGCAGUCUGAAGUCAGCUCUAUCCAAAUGGGUGGCCGAGAGUCGUGACGAGGAUGCCGUUGGUACGGGGACGCUACUGGAGGAAGGACGGCUUGCGAUAGAGGCUCUGGGAACUGACGAUCCUGCAUGCACUGAGGCUUGCCGGAGAAUUUUGUGGCGCGCGAAAAAUAUGAAUCCUGACGACUUGCUUGGUCUCUUCUAA